AUGGUUGUGGCAGUAUUGGUGACAUCAAUAGUAUGGUGGUGUGGUUGUAGUAGUUGUGGUGGCAAUGAUGGUGAUGGUGGCAAUAAGGUGGUGGUGGUAGUAGAUGAUAGAAUGGAUGGUAGUAGAAGGGAAUGGUGGUGGAGCUUUCUGGUUGUUGUCUACUUCUGCAGAUUUUAUUCUACUCUGUUUGCUCUGCUGGUUUGUGAGGUAAGUGAGGAUGAAAUCACAUUCUUGACUGGAAAUGAUGACGAUGCAGCGAUAGAGAAGCUUUACCACCCAAAUCUUAAGCUUUUGAUUGUUACCGAAGGUGCAGGGGGCUGCAGAUACUACACUAAGGAAUCUAAGGGUAGGGUUGAUAGUCACAAAGUUGAUGCAGUUGACACAACAGGUGCAGGUGAUGCUUUUGUUGCUGGAUUACUGAAUAGUUUGGCUUCAGACCCUACUUUGUACAAGGAGGAAGAGAAAUUAAGGGAAGCUCUUGUCUUUGCGAAUGGCUGUGGUGCUCUCACAGUGAUGGAGAAAGGAGCGAUUCCUUCAUUGCCGACAAAAGAAAAGGUUCUCAAAUUUCUGAAAUAAUGCCACAGCAUGACAAAGAUGAAUGUUUUUUGCCAUUGUGUUCAAGUUUUGAUUUGCAGCCAAACAGACUGUCAAAGUUGCAGGUUGUGCUGUUGUGCUUGGGGUAUUGAGCAGCUGUGGGUUUUGAGUGUUAGUGUUUUUUCUUCAGUCCACCCGAACAGCCAAC